AAUCCUUAGGUCACUGGUUCGAAUCCGGUAGGUCGGAACUUUUUUUGUCUUUUAUUUUUUUCCUUUUAUUUAAAAUUACCAAAUCAGCCUCAGUUUUGAUCUGAAAUUACAAUACUGGAUUCGCUCUCUUUCUCCUACCUCAACCUGGUUCCCUCAAUCGACGCUCGAAACAACCACCGUCGUCGAUUUUUGCGUCAAGAUUCAUCCCAACAUGGUUUGCUUAGUUUGUUUGCUUCCCCUCUUUCUCGUCCCAAUUGUCAAUGUUCUUCCUCUACUCUUCGAUUUUCUCAUGGGGAAAAUCUAUGGGGUUUUUGGCUGGGAGUAUAGGAAACCAGAGAGAGCGCCUCCAGCAUGUCCGAUCAAGCCUUCAAACAACACUAACAUUAAAGACAAGGCAGAUGCUGGACCAUCCCCGACAGAACCCGCUAAAUCUGAAAGUGCAAAUGUCAAACAGGAUUAAUUUUGGGUAGCUCCUCUACAACAAGGUUUGAUAGAAAGGAAAAAAAACCCGCUUCUAAUGGUUCAUAUCUUAUUUUAUAAAUAUUGUUGUUGCCAUCCUCAUCAUCAUAUUACUUGAUAUCGUUUAUGAUACAAGUUGGUAGCUUGGUGUAUGAUGAUAGUCAUUAUUAUUUUUCUUCCUAUUUUGUAAGAUAACUCGUUAUAUAAAGUCAAUUAUAAUAUUUUGCCCUCAA